AUGUACAUUGUAUGUUUACUGCAAUUUGGAAAAUUCUUCUUAACACAAAAUAUUUUACGCUACUGCUUUGUUCUGGUUCUUUGUUGUUUCAGUUAUUUACAUGCUAAAAAUAUUAUACAUCGUGAUUUAAAAUCAAGUAAUAUCUUUCUACAUGAUCGUACUGUGAAAAUUGGAGAUUUUGGUUUGGCUACAGUGAAAAGUCGUUGGUGGAAUACUGGUUGUCAACAACCAACUGGAUCAAUAUUUUGGAUGGCUCCUGAAGUAAUACGUAUGGAAGGUGAAACACCGUAUACUAAUCUAUCGGAUGUAUACGCUUAUGGUGUAGUGAUUUAUGAAUUGAUCACUGGACAAUUACCAUAUAGUCAUUAUAAUAAUCGUGAUCAAAUAUUAUUUCUUGUCGGUCGUGGUUUAUUGAAACCAGAUCCAAGUGUAUGUCGUGCAGAUAUUCCGCAUCAAUUGCAACGUUUAUCCAUUGAUUGUUGCAGUUUUCAACGUGAAAAUCGACCACCAUUCUCUCAAAUUUAUCCAUGUUUAGAUACAUUGUAUCGUUCAUUGCCAAAAUUACACAAAUGUUCAUCGGAACCAAAUAUCAAUGGUAUUGUGUUACGUGGCACAACUACAACUGGUUCUUCCAUUAAUGAACAAUUCAUUGUCAACAACAGUAGUAAUAGUAAUAAUAAUAAUAAUAAUAACAAUAGUAAUGACAAUAAUAAUUCUAAACGUACUAUUACCAAUAAAUCUGCUACAGUUACAACAAAUUAUUUAAGUUUAUCACCUAAAACACCAUACAAUCAUAAUCAUAAUAGCAAUACAACAACAACAACAACAGCCACAUCAACAUGUACAAAUGAAUUCUUUUUUACACAUCAUAAUAAAUUAUCUGAUACUACUACAACCAGUACUACUACUACUACUUCUGUUACUCCUACUGCUUCUGCUGCUGUUGCUAUUAAUAAUGACCAAUUCAAUUCACCCGCCAUAACAAAUGGUAAUUUAAACAAAAAUUCGAUUACACUAAUUGAUCAUUUAUCAGCAUCAGCGUCUCCUUCUCCUCCUGCUCAUCCUUCUGUGCAUCAUCAUCUUGAUCAUGAUAAUAAUAAUAAUAAUAAUAAUACUGAUACAUCAUUGUCCAUUCAACCGGUGACAUUGUCUUGUACUUCAUCAGCCUCUUCAUCACCGACAUCUUCGGCAUCAUUGGUCGGGAAUGAUGAACGUACAAUCGUGAUUGUGGAUGAUAAUAAGAAACAUUCAUAAAAACGAUGAUUUUAUCUCUUCUAUUUUGUUUCUUCAACUAUCCUUAUCAACUUUAUCUUCUUCAUGUGAUAAUCCACUUUUUGUGUGUUUGUGUGUGUGUCUGGGUGUGUGCAUUCUUGUUUAUGAUCAUCAAUCAAACCGGUUCUUGUCACAUGAUUCGAUUGUAAACUUUUUUGGCUUUCCAUCUAUCUAUGUGUCUAUACUUGCUGACAGUAAUUCAUGUACUUAUUAACUCUUCGUCUUUUGAUGUUAACACUUACUUGCUGACUGACUGACGGACGCCUGUUACCUACUACCCCCUGGAUGGAGCCAUAGGCCACCGACCAGCAAUCUCCAAUCUACUCAGUCAUGGGCUGUUUCCCUUUCCAAUUCUGCCCAAAUUGUUGUGUUCAUUUGUCUUCUGCUCCUCUUCCUCACGUCUGUCGCCAUUUCUUUUUUGCUUAACCUACACACACACACAAACACAAUUACAUAAUGACGACAAGAAUGUGUGUUUUGGUGUUGUACUUCUCCCUUUUCUCUGCUCUAAUGAUUUUUAUUCAUUGUUGUAAUGAUGAUCUGUGAUAGGCGUGUUUUUUUUGUACAGUUCCCUUCCACGUCCCUCCACUGCGUCGUCGUCCUCCUAUUCUCUCAGAUUUUCAUUGAUUGCUCUCACACAUGAAUUUCUUAAUCUUUUAUUUUUCUCCUUAUUUAUUUGUUUUUAUUUUAUUUUUAUUUUUUCAUUGUUUUUUCAUCUCACAGUUGUUUUAAAUUUAUUUUUAAAUGUUGUUUAUUUUUUUCCUCUGUCUGAAUAUUUACUGUUGGUUUCUUGUUCACCUUGUAGACGUAGAGAGAGAGAGAGAGAUGUAUGUACUGUGUGAUACGUAAAAAUUACCAUAACCGUUGUUAUUUAUGUGUUGUGCACAUGAUUGGAGGUCACUUUUUUCCCCAGUGGGUUUGUCGAAUAAAAUAUUUUUGAGUGAGUUUA